UUUGCGCGGCUUGGCCAGCAAAUCUUUCUCUACACACCAUCAUCGACCGAGUCCAAUGCAGCAUCGGAUCCAGAGUCGGGGAUCGCCCAAGCGGACUUAAUCAUCUUCCGUUCAUGGAUGUACGCGGCAUCGCGGUACAUCAAGAAGUAUACCAAGACAUAUCAGUCAAGAUUUCCUUCAGCACCGAUUCUCCUUCUUCGAUAGGACGGGGCCGAUUUAUUCUGGCGGCCAACCUGGCCUCAAGAUGAGGAAUUGGAAUCCUGCUAUCUCUGUCGUUGAACAGCUCGUCGAA